AACAUAGCAGCUAGUACAACCAUCAAGAAGCAGCAGGAAGCAGAUGAGCGCAGAAAGAAGGAACAAGAGGAGAUGCGUAAGUUUGAAGAGGAGCAGGCACUCAAGGCCAGAGGCUUCUACCCCAAAGCCCCCUAGCGAGACCGGAAUGUCAAUUGCCCAACCAUCAGAGAGUUACCGACUUUACUACACUGGGCCGCUACCGGAAAUACGUCUUUGGGUCGUUGCAGAAAGCAACAAGUAGCAUUUGCGCUACGGGAUACCACAACAAGGGUAGAGGGAAGAGGCGUAAGCGCCAGGAUUGCUCUCACACGCCAGCUAAGGGGACAUGGUGGGGGGGCGAGCACCAUUUAAGGUGCCUAACGAGCGACCAAAAGCGACCCCCAUCCCCCACCUCGGGCUUGACGAGCGCAUGCAUGCAGCAACCAUUCCUCUCUGGUACGCUGCAUGUGCCAAUAUUGAAAGUGUUAUCUGAACAGGAUCAUUUGUGGGGGUUUGAAUUUAGCCGGUUUCAUUCUUGCCUUGCAUUGCAUUUUCGUUCGAGAACAGGUAGGAAGAGAGCAAUUAAAUUUAGCUACAACUGUAACAUUGUUGGCGUUGCACUAGAAAUCUACAUGUUAUGCUUUAUG